AUGGCUUUCUCUUCUUUUUCUUCUUCUUCUUCUCCGUUUCCUUCCGAUAUAAUUUUCGAGAUAUUAACUCGAACUAAUUCCUUAAAAACAUUAGACACAUGCAAAGCAGUAAGCAAAGAAUGGCAUAAUAUGGUUUUUGAAUCAAAUUUCAUGCCACAGUUUUGUGAGAAAAGCAAAACUAUUUCAGGUUUUUUUGUUCAAUCUUUAUCAAAAACCAAGUACGUUACUGAGUUCAUAUCAUUAAGUGGAUGUUCAGGUGAAACUCCAUUAUAUCUUCCUGUUGAAAAUAUAAAGCCUGAAAAUAUUUUCAAGAACGACAUUGAUAUGAAGAUUGAAGCAUCGUCAAAACAAGGGAUUUUGUGUUGUGUAAGAAGCACAAGAAAGGAGUAUAGAUACCACAUAUGUAAACCUAGUACUAAACAAUGGAUUAAACUCCCUAAUCCUAGGAUACGAUAUUCUACUAUCAAAGUCGCCCUGAUUGUACUGAGAUCAAAUCCUUUGCAGUUCAAGAUCAUAAGGUUGUCGUCGCCUCGGACUCUUUAUCAUCAUUAUAGAAAAUUAGGGUUGAAUUACUAUCUUUGUGAAAUUUUUGAUUCAGAAGCUUGGGUUUGGAGGGAAGCAAAAGAUUUAUUACUACCUCCUGAAGUGUAUUUUGACAUGUUUGCUCCAGCAGUUAAUGCAAGUGGAUUGGUUUAUUUUAAGUUAAGAAAAGAUGAUCAAGUGAUGGCUUUAAACUAUAAUGGAGAAGAAGCUUUUUCAAGAUUUUCUCUUCCAAAACCUGCAUUGGAGUAUAAAGAUUAUGGAUAUAACCAACUUGUGGAGUAUAAAGGGAAGUUGGGGUUUACUUGUUUGUCACCAAAAGGGAUGGAGCUUUGGGUUUUUGAGAAUGGAAACCAAAGUUGGGAGUUGAAAAAGGAAGUUGACAUUGAAAUUUUAAAGAAAGUGACAAACUAUCCAAGUUCAAUUGGGUUUUAUAAUGCAGAUAUUGCUUUGAUGAAGGAUUAUUAUGAGGUUAUUUUCUACAAGUUGCAAGAUAAGAGUUUUAAUGUGGUAAAAUUGGAUAAAUGUCAUAAAGUUGAUGAAAUUUUCCCUUUUCGGUCAGAUUUGGAGCCACUUGAUUUGAGGAUGCAAGACGCUACCAACACUGUUUCAGCUACAAAAUAUUUCUAUCCCUUCUCCAUUUCUUUGUUACUUAUUGUCUUCGUUUUUCUUUUUGGUACUUUGUUUUCGUACACUUGA